AUGGCAGAUUCGGUCGUCAAAUACCUAAACGAUUAUGGCAUCAAGCUCCUCCACUCUACGCCAUACUAUGCGCAAUCUAACGGCCAGGCCGAGGCGAGCAAUAAGGUCAUACUUGGCAUUCUACAAAAGAUGCUGGAGUUAAACCCGUGCGUCUGGCAUGAGGAACUUUACCACACAUUGUGGGCUUACCGCACCUCAAAGCGCGGUCCGACGGACACUACCCCAUAUGCUCUUAUGUAUGGUCAUGACGCCGUCCUCCCCCUCGAGAUCAAUAUAGCUUCACUCCGUGUACAUGAACAACACCAACUACUUGGAGAAGAUUACGUCCAGGCUAUGUGGCAGGAACUGGAAGAUCUUGAUGAACACCGCGUCACCGCUUUCAACAAUCUCAUCCUCGAGAAACAGCGCAUCGCGCGGUCGUACGAUAAAGUCACCCGAGGGCGGAGCUAUGCCGAGGGCCAAAAAGUGUGGUGCGUUGUCCUCCCACUUGGGGAAAAAACCGAAGACCGGGGCAAGUGGUCCGCUCAAUGGGAAGGACCCUUCAUUAUUCAUCGUAUACUCCCCAAGGGGGCCUACCACCUGAGCGACCUGGACGGCACCAUUCAUCGCAAUCCUAUUAAUGGUCGUUUCCUCAAGCGUCACACUGCUGGAGUUUGA